AUGACCUCACCACCACCAUUAUUCUGUGAUACAACCCAUGGUAUGUGUCAAAAGUUAUGCAUUACAGUUGUAUUAGCAUUAUGCAUCCACGUCUUCUUAUAUAAGCUUGACUAUGAAAGCGCCAGUCUCAUCGUAAAUUUAACAUCACCGCACCCUAUGGGUUCUCAUCCAAUUGUUCUGUUUCACUCUUUCGACUUCAUGGCUAUCGCGAACGUACCUCAUUUCGAUACUCUCGCUAUGUCGCAUGUGUCCUGUAGCAGGUGGGCCGAGCGAGGAGCGGAUGCAGCCACUUGGGUAGCGAUUUCCGUAGGACACGCUCCAUCGCUGCUAAGGCAUGGUCGAGUGGCAGCAGAUAAAGAUACUUCCGUAGAUUUCCGAGCAUGCCUCUUAUCACACCUUGUCUAA